UGUGCAUAUUAUACUGUGCAUAUAUAUAUAUAUAACUUCAAAAUGACCAGUGUAUGAAAGACGAUGGGCUGUCUUACCUCAAACAGCCCUUGAAGAAGUGACCUGAUGAAAUGCCCUCACUUCCCAAAAACGUCUCACUCUCGAGGUCUAAAACUUUCAUGUCUCCUCACAAAGUAACACAUACACAUGUAAUCUCUCCUGCUUUAUUAGAGGAAAUACAUUUCGCAUUCACAUUUGCAUUUAGAAAACAUUUUUUGGGACAUGACUGCCAAUUAGCAAAAGGCUGUGGUGGUGUGUGCAUUUUACUGAAAAGGUGUUGUAAGUGUGAAAAACAGCAAAGGUAGCUGGCACUUCCUGAUUGGUGAACACGCACACACAAGUGAAAUUGGGAUGGCAGUGUGUUAGAUUGUAAAGAUGCAUUUUGAAAUGCAGAUAUAUGGAGAGAUAUCCAUUUAAAAUACAAAUGAAGUCAAAGUAAGGCUUUUGUAUAGCCUGCUUAGUCAACAGCAGAUGAGCAGCAGCCAAACAAUGCAUAAUUUCAUCAUUCAUCGCAUCAUUUCCCUGUGUGUCUGCUCAAGCUGACAGAUCUGCACCUCUGCCAGGAAACAAGCACAACUUUGAGGUUACUUGAAUGUCACUCCAGUAUUUUUACUUUAUUUUUUCAUUCAUCAUUACAUGAUGUAGUACAAAACAGACAAACGUAAUCAUGAUUUAGGAAUGAAAAUAGCAAGUGAAUACAUGGAGGCUGUGGCUCAGGAGAUGGAGCGGGUGUCCUUUAAUCACAGGGCUUCUAGUUCUAUCCCUGGCUCCCCCUGACCGCAUGCUGAAGUGUCCCUGUGCUAGACAAUGAACCCCAGGAUGAUUCAGAUGGACAUACCAGCUCUGUCACUAUCAGUGUAUGAAUGUGUGUGUGAAUGAGAAGGUGUUGUCCGGUAAGGUAGAGAGGCGCUGUACAAUUGCAGUCCAAAUGAAUCAUUGCGGUAUUACAAUUUCUGACCCCAAAACUAGACAUAACAUAAUUAAACAGAAGAAACUACAAAGACAUUGAACAAUGAAAAUCUAUUAAUUAUAAUGAACUAUAGUUAAUAAAAAAGUUCCAUUUAAUAAUAUGGUAUUUUACAGGCCAGAGCUUGAGACACACAAAAAACAACUCAAGGCCUAUACCGCUUCUUUUUUUUUUAAGCUUUCAACUGCAUCUCACAGUCUUCCUUAGCAGAUGGAGUUACUUUUUGUUAAACUACAGUACUGUUGCCAAGGUCAUAAAAAUAGAAAACACAUGUAAAUGAUCUUUAAGUUAUUUGCGUCGUCAGUUCAUUUCCUGAGUGCAGCAAAAGUGUUGGUCAGUGUUCAGAUAAUAAAAAGGAAGUUAAAGAAAUAAAUUGUCAAGGAAGUCGUUGAAAUGAGGAAGCAUCAGCGCUCCACCACCUCACUAUGUAUAAGCACACAGACUGACUGUCAAUGUGGUCCAGCUGGAAAAUACAACCAGGAUAAACUGUGACUGUUUUCAUGUGGUAUUGACAGCAUGUUGUUUUGUUCGUCAGGAGCUGGCUGAAUUUAAGAUGAUCUAUUGACAUGUUGCUCUGACUGCUGGCAGUUGAUAUACUAAAGGACUGAAAGAACCGUACAAGAGAAGGAUCGACAUUCUGGAACUACUUCCCCACAUCGUAUACAGGUUAAUUGAUCCUUUGCAAGAGGACUUCCUUAAGGGAGCCACCAUCCAGAAGACACCAUGGCUGACACGGUGAACGCAUUGCCAUUCUUCUAUGGCAACAUUACCAGGGAGGAGGCAGAGGAAUACCUGCAGCAGGCCAGCAUGGGUAACGGCAUAUACCUGCUAAGACAAAGCCGAAACUAUCUUGGAGGCUUUGCACUGUCUGUGUUGUAUUCAGGCCGCUGCUACCACUACACCAUUGAAAGAGAACCCAAUGAAACAUAUGCUAUUGCUGGUGGGAAGAGCCACAAGACCCCCGUGGAUGUGAUUGACUACCACUCGCAGGAGAUGGAUGGCCUUGUGUGUCUGCUAAAGAAGCCCCGCAACAGGCCCAAGAACAUGCAGCCAAAGAUUGGGCCGUUUGAGGACCUAAAGGAAAAACUGAUCCGGGAGUAUGUAAAGCAGACAUGGAAUCUGCAGGGAGCAGCUCUGGAGCAGGCCAUCAUCAGCCAGAGGCCUCAGCUGGAGAAGCUCAUUUCCACCACUGCACACGAAAAAAUGCCCUGGUUCCAUGGAUCAAUAACACGAGAAGACUCUGAGCCCAGGCUUCAAAAUGGCUCCCGUACAAAUGGAAAAUUCCUGAUCCGACAGAGAGAUUCGAAUGGAUCCUAUGCCCUGUGUUUGCUCCAUGAACGACAAGUCAUGCAUUAUCGCAUUGACAGGGACAGGACUGGCAAGCUCUCAAUCCCAGAUGGCAAGAAGUUUGACACCCUGUGGCAGCUGGUGGAGCACUACUCAUACAAACCAGACGGUCUGCUGCGAGUGCUAACAGAGCCCUGUCCAAGACCCGACGGAGAAAUUGGGAUGAUAGGACGGCCACUACUCCCACGGGACCAUCCUGGAUUAACGUCUGCCAUUCAAAGUGCGGCAGGUGGAAUUCUCUCCAAACUCAUACCUGGCAUAAAAAAGAACCGGGGAUCUCGAUCCAACAUCUCAGAUAAUCUCAACCCUUAUGAAACCAGCGUGCCCAAUAAUCAAGCAGGCAGCAAAGAGGCGAUGCCAAUGGACACAGAGGUAUAUGAGAGUCCAUACGCAGACCCAGAUGAACUGAGGAGUUCUACAGUGAAUCGCAACCAGCUCUUCUUGGAGGACGGAGAACUGGGCUCUGGGAACUUUGGUACAGUCAUGAGGGGCAUCUACAAGAUGAAAAAGACUGAGAAGCCAGUUGCAGUCAAAAUCCUGAAGAACGAUGAUAACAACCAAUCAGUACAUGAGGAAAUGCUGCGAGAAGCCAAUGUUAUGCAGCAGCUGGACAAUCCUUAUAUCGUCCGGAUGAUUGGUAUCUGUGAGGCAGAGAACCUCAUGCUGGUCAUGGAGCUGGCUGAACUGGGACCACUCAACAAGUUCCUGCAGAAAAACAAGCAAACAACCAUAAAGAACCUCACUGAGCUGGUCCACCAGGUGUCCAUGGGGAUGAAGUACCUGGAAGAGCAUAACUUCGUCCACAGGGACCUUGCUGCCAGGAACGUGCUGCUGGUCACGCAGCACUAUGCCAAGAUCAGCGACUUUGGUCUCUCCAAAGCUAUCGCUGAGGAGCAAAACUACUACAAGGCCAAAGGUCACGGGAAGUGGCCUGUGAAGUGGUACGCUCCUGAGUGUAUAAACUACUUCAAGUUUUCAUCCAAAAGCGAUGUGUGGAGCUUUGGGGUGCUCAUGUGGGAAGCCUACUCGUAUGGACAGAAACCAUACAAGGGAUUGAAAGGAAAUGAUGUCAUGCAGAUGAUUGAAGGUGGGAGACGUAUGGAUGCCCCAGUGAACUGUCCACCAGAGAUGUUUGACCUCAUGAGGACGUGCUGGACAUACAAGGUGGAUGAAAGGCCUGGAUUUAAAGUUGUUGAGCCGAGACUACGAGAGUAUUAUUAUGACAUUGCACAGUGAUUCUUCCCAUGACUGUUAUGAAGUUAUGCACAACCAUCUGUUGAUGAGAAAAACUGUAUUAACUUAUGUAUGAAUGACUGGAGAUGAUUAUGAAUUACACAUGCUGUUGUAAAAUAUUGACUUCAACUGGAGGAUUACCUUCAAACUUUUAAACAUCGACAUAUAUUAUGCAAAUUACAUUUAUUUUAUUACUUUUGACUUUUCUUGUUCCUUCCUGAAUGUAAACAACAUGGAAGUUGUAAUAAACAUACACGUCUCGCUUAUUGUAGGAACAAACAGUCAUGUUACAGCUAACAAACUCCACAGCUGAUUCAUUCGGUAGAUAGUGAAUAUCUGCACCAUUGCAAUGCCAUUACAGUUCAACCUACACUCCUGGAAUCUCUGAAUGAUGGUCUGAUUGUUUCAGUGUAAUGGAGAGAUAAGACUAGAGGGUGUUUCUGUACUCGUGUAUGAAUAAAUUCCAUCACUGUGACUGAUCA